AUGGAUAAAAAAAUAAGAGAAAUAUUAAACAAUCAAUACGGAAAAUUUGGUGGUGCAUUAAGUCGAGAAACACAAAAGGACGAAAACAUUGAAGAAUAUCAAAAUCUAAUUGAUAAGGAUUAUUAUCCAUAUGUGUGGUUUCAGAUAGA